CCUGUGGUCGGACGUCUGGCGAGUUGUUAGGUGCUGCUGCUGCUGCUGGUGGCUCUGGGGUGCACCAAAUUACCUUUCAAAGGCGAGCUUUAGGAACUUGAAACCCCAACUCAGACAAAAAUGACAGAUUGGAUAGGUUCAAUUGCUGGGUUGAUGGCGAAUACCACUAUCACUGAGUUUCUUCUGGUAUCUACAGUCUUUGCCAUUGUGUUUCUGGUGCUUAGGUCAGAAAGAGUCAAAAUCCCACCAGGAACAAAGAAACUACCAGGGCCUAUGCCUUAUCCUAUUAUUGGGAAUUUGUUAUCAUUGAGCAAGAAUCCACACCUUAGCCUGACAAGAAUGAGCAAAACUUAUGGUGAUGUGUUCCAGAUUCAGAUAGGCACAAAGCCUGUGCUGGUCCUUAGUGGGCUGGAGACCCUCAAGCAAGCUCUUAUACGGCAAGGUGAUGAGUUUGCUGGACGCCCAGACCUCUUUACUUUCCGCUUGGUUGGUGAUGGGAAGAGCCUGACCUUCAGCAGUGAUUCUGGAGAGGUGUGGAGAGCUCGACGCAGACUUGCACACAAUGCCCUCAAAACAUUUGCCACUUCCCCUUCACCCACAUCAUCAAGUUCUUGCCUUGUUGAAGAAAACAUUAUUACAGAAGCAGAAUAUUUAGUAAGAAAGUUCAAGCAAUUAAUUGAUGAGAAAGGAGAGUUUGACCCCUACAGGUAUGUGGUGGUCUCUGUUGCCAAUGUCAUCUGUGGCAUGUGCUUUGGUAAACGAUAUAAUCAUGAUGACGAAGAGCUUCUGAAUGUGGUGAAUCUUACUGAUGAGUUUGGUGCAGCAGCUGCUUCAGGCAACCCUGCAGAUUUCAUCCCGAUUCUACAAUAUCUUCCGAGCUCAAGCAUGAAGGCCUUCAAGGAAAUCAACAGAAAGUUCCUAGACUUCAUACAGAAAUUAGUCAAAGAGCACUACAAAACAUUUGACAAGAACCAUAUACGAGAUAUUACUGAUUCACUUAUCCAACACUCCCAGGAAAAGAGAGUUGAUGAAAACUCAAAUGUUCAGUUAUCAAAUCAAAAAAUUGUGAAUAUAGUAAAUGACCUCUUUGGUGCUGGGUUUGAUACCAUUACCACUGCUCUCUCCUGGAGUCUCAUGUACCUUGUGGCCCAUCCUAACAUACAAGAAAAAAUUCAGGACGAACUGGACCAAGUUAUUGGAAGAGAAAGACGACCCCGAUUAUCAGACAGAGCUCAACUGCCCUAUACUGAAGCUUUUAUAUUGGAGAUGUUCCGACAUUCUUCUUUCGUGCCAUUCACAAUUCCACAUAGUUCAACCACAGACACAGUGUUAAAUGGAUAUUUCAUCCCCAAGGGAAUUUGUGUGCUGAUCAACCAGUGGCAAGUGAAUCACGAUCCGAACCUGUGGAAAGAUCCAUUCAAAUUCUGUCCAGAGCGUUUCUUAAACACUGAUGGCACAACGUUGAACAAAAUCGAGAUGGAGAAAGUAAUGAUUUUUGGCUUAGGAAAAAGAAGGUGUGUCGGUGAAGUCAUUGGGAGGAUGGAGGUCUUCCUUUUCCUCACUACCAUGCUCCAGCAGAUGCAGUUCUUCAAACAGGAUGGAGAAAAACUGGACAUGUCCCCGCAGUAUGGACUAACAAUGAAACACAAGCGUUGUCAUGUCACAGCUAAAAUUCGUUUUCCUUUGUUAGCCACACAUUAAGAACUACCUUAGCUUGGGAGGAGCCCUUUUAAGAAGCUCAGAUGAGUUUCAGCUUUGGUAUUUUAAACACAAAUGCUGGAAUUUGGUUUCUAACCCUAAUCUUGGGAGCUGACGGUGCAUAUUUUAGAGAGCGUAAUCCAUUGUGAAUGAUGAUAAUGUACAUGAUACCACCACAUUACAAUACUGAUUUCAUUAAGCUCUGAAAAUGUACAUAACUAGCUAACAAAAGAGGAGAAAAAUAUUCAGGAAAAAAUGCUAUGUUGAUAUAUAUAUAUAUUUGUGUGUUUGAAGGGUGCGAUGACAGGUAAAAUGUAUACUGGUAAACUGAAUUUAAUGGAUUAAUCUCAGGAGUAGAAUCAUCUUUUAAUAAUCUUAUUAUAACUAAACUGCACAAAUGAUUAAGUACAGCUAUGAAAUUCAGAAAUAUGUACAUUUUGAUCAUUGUCUCUCUACCACAAUACAUUAUGUCUUUGCUAAAUACCUAUUUAUUAAUAAUCCAAUCUUUUUAAAGGUGUGUGUUGCUAGGUAUUUUUGCAUUAAAUGCAACAGGACAAACUUGUCUUAUACAUUUUCAUCCUCCUAAUUUAAAGUUAAAAGACAAGUUCAUCCCAAAAUAAAAACUUGCCUAAUAAAAGAAGACAUAAUUCUAAGCAACUUUUCAAUAUACAUUAAAAAAAAAAAAUUCAGUGCUUUUAAAGUUAUUUGUAAAAGCAAUUGCAGUAUUGGCUUAACUCCUGGUUGUUACUUUUUAAACAAUGUUGCAAAAGUCUUGGUUCCCCAGCAAAGAAAGAUCUGUUAAUCAGCUGCCUUGUCUUACAUUUUAUCAACAGUCUUAGACAUCAGGGCAGAGAAUAGAAAGGGACAGACAAUAGCAACACAUAUACAAAUAACUUAAAUGAGAACCAAACCCAUAAUUAU